CUCUACCGGCACUUCAUCGGGUCUGCCUAUAUGUGGAUCUCAGUGCAUCAAGCACUUGUACCUUCCGAGGUCACGCUUGAGAUCAAAGGGUACAACCUUUAAGCCGCAAACUUCUUAAUCUUCAUCUUCUCCUCUCUCUGGGCCGCUGUUCUGGAAAUCAAUCGGAAAAUGGGCAGAGGAAAUAAGAGGCAAGGAAGCAGCAGAUCCAAAAGCAGAAGGACCCAAAACGCGUUUCCGGGUCGGGCCCUUUUCGUCGUCGGUGGAGCCUUAUCUGAAUGGCAGGCCACGGAUUCUACGCCUAGAGGGAAGAAUUUGCGUGGUGGGCAUGGAAGGGGAGGCAGCAAUAUCAGAAGUGGGGACAGAAGCGUAAUAAAACUGAAGAAUAAUUCCGGUUCGGAUUCAAAAUCCAGAAAUGAAUCUAUGAAGAGUAGGGGAAGUGCGAUUGCUUAUGCUUAUCCAUCUGAUGAUGGUCAGGAAGGUUUGGCUGGUGAGAGCAGUGGAGAAGUUAAGGGUACAAAGCUGGAGAAGAUGCAUCCUUUGGUUUUGGUUGAUUCCCAGGAAUCAAAAAUUGUUGCAUUUGUAGAUGAAGGACAAAGCAAGGAACCUCAAAAUACAAAGCUGCUUUAUGAGUAUGGAACAAGUUUUACACUAGGUGAUGGAUCAGACGAUGAACAGCAAGAAAUGGAAUGUGUGUAUGAGUGCAGUACAAGUUUCUCAGUGGAUGAAAGCAUGCACAGAGGAUUAGGGUUCUUUAAUAAAGCAGAAGCAACAAGCGGUGUUGGAUCAUCUUCCAAACCUGACGAGAAGGACGAUUUUGGUUAUGGAUCAUCUUGCUCUGAGGAGGAUAUGGAUGCUGAGUUCAGCUUUCUUGGUGAUGAUGGUGAGAACAGUGAUGGAUUGCCUGCUAAAAAAUCAUCACGUAAGAAAAAUGAAGGGUUUUUGACCUUUGGGGGCUUGAGAUUAUAUACACAAGAUAUAUCAGAAGAAGAGGAAGAUGAUGACAACGACGAUGAUGAAGAAGAUGAAGAAAGUUCAGAUUCUUCUGAAAAUUCAUCUGACAGCAAUGAUUCAUUGGAUAGCGAUUCAGAAAUUGAUGAUGAUGUUGCAGCAGAUUAUCUGGAAAGCACAGGUGGGAUUGCCCAUAGUGUGAAUGUCGAUCAACUUGUUGGGCUAAUUCAGGAGGAGGAUGAUAAGCUUGAUGAAGCAUUAGAGAAGCUUGGUGGGAUUGCUCUCCAAGAGACAUCAAUGAAGUAUGGCAUGAAGAAGCAACAGCCUAGGAGAAAAAGUCUGGGAAAACUGCAAUUUACCCCUUCCAGGCAUGCCUUGCCAUCUGCUUUCGAUGACCUUAUGCUGGUAAAAGAUCCAAGGACUGCAUCAGGUAGAAAGAAGCAUGCUGCUAAAUUUCCUCAGUCAUGGCCUUUUGAGUCUCAGAAAAGCAAACAUUCCAGGAGAUUUCCAGGUGAGAAGAAGAAACACCGAAAGGAAAUGAUAGCCAUGAAGCGCCGAGAAAGAAUGAUUCGUCGCGGUGUUGACCUCCAGAAAAUUAAUGCGAGAUUGCAACAGAUGGUUCUGGAUGAGGCUGAUAUUAUGUCGUUUGAACCCAUGCACACAAAAGAUUGUUCUCAGGUAUGUAGAGUUGCAUCGGUCUACCACUUAUGGAGUAGUUCCCAAGGGUCUGGCAAGAAGAGAUUUGUUACGGUAGCAAGAACACCUCAUACAUGUAUGCCAUCUCCGCAUGGUAGAGCUCGCUUAGAACAGUUAAUAGGAGCUAAUGAAGAGGAUGAUGAUGACUUUGUAGUCAAUGACAAUCUAUCACAUGGAAAGGGCCCCAAAGCCGUAAACAAAUCUUCAAGAGGCCAAAAGUGUCUUUAUUCAACACCUAGGGACUCCAAGUUCUCUCAGACAAGACCACUAAAGGACCUUUCGAAUUCUGGGGGCAAUAAAAAAGAUUCUUCAAGCAGAAAGAAGCGUGACAGUAAACCCAGCCCUUCCUACUCUUCCCAACCCGUGUCGUUCAUAUCAAGCGGCAUAAUGGGUUCAGAGACAGCUGAGCAGAAGGCUGCUGAUGAACCAAAGGAGUCAAGUGUGUCCUGCUCAGUGCAGAACUACGGCGCAUUCGAGUUGCACACAACCGGUUUCGGUUCCAAAAUGAUGGUUAAGAUGGGCUUCACGGGUGGUGGAUUGGGCAAGGACGGGCAGGGCAUUGCAGAGCCCAUCCAAGUCUCCCAGCGUCCUAAGACACUCGGUUUGGGAGCUCCUGUUGCUGAACCGAGCACUGUUCAGAACGUUUCAAAUUCCAAAGGGACCCACACUGAGUCCCUUGGCCGCGGCGAGGGCCUCCCGAGAAGAAGUGCGAGCUCGGGUAAGAAAGGAUGUUCUAGAAUCAUCCAUAAGCCCCGGGACGGAUCUCAAGGGUUUGCAACGUUUGAGAAUCACACAAAAGGUUUUGGAUCCAAGAUGAUGGCGAGGAUGGGGUUCGUCGAAGGCAUGGGACUUGGGAAAGAUUCGCAAGGUAUCACCACUCCUAUACACGCCGUGAGACGGCCUAAAUCUCAGGGAUUGGGUUCCAAAAAAUGAUGGUAGCUUUGACUGCAAAAGGGGGUAAUACUCGGGUUCGAUUUCUGAAAACAGAAUGUCUUCACCCCCUCCCUCUAUGGUGUGAUAAUGUCUUCCUAAUUUUAGGGCUGUGUUGAUUUAUUCCAAGCUAAUUAGUUAGUCACUGUUAUAUCCUAUGUCCCACCAUUUCUUUUGAGUAAAAUACUGUUUUUUAUUAUUUAUUGAGAUCUCUUGAACUGUUCUUAUACCUGACAAAGAUUAAUGUUCAGCAAUGUUAAUUACAAGUAUAUAUUAUUCACAUGGUCAAAAUAUAUGGAGUGUUUCUACUGAUUUU